GGAGACAGAGAGACUUCAUUUCGGUGCGAGUCUGUCAGGCGGCUGCACGGUCUUUUCUACCAUCUCCUGAAGCUACCGUCGACGGUCCCCUCCUAUCUCCGGGUCCCUCCGCGCCUCUUUUUUCCCACUAACCCCAGUAAAAAUGGCGUCAGGUGUGACUGUUUCAGAUAACGUCAUUCAGAUCUUCCUUGACAUGAAAGUGUGAAAGUCCUGCAUCCCUGAGGAGGCAAAAAAGCGCAGGAAGGCUGUUAUAUUUUGCCUGAGUGCUGAUAAGAAAAGAAUUAUUCCAGAAGAAGGGGCAGAAUUCCUGGUGGGAGAUUGUGGAGAGAAGAUUCCUGAUCCCUACAAGCACUUUGUGGACAUGCUGCCCAGUGAUGACUGCCGUUAUGCCCUUUAUGACUGCACCUAUGAAACAAAGGAGAGUAAGAAAGAGGACCUGGUCUUCCUUUUCUGGGCUCCUGAGUGCGCUCCACUGAAAAGCAAAAUGAUAUAUGCCAGCUCUAAAGAUGCAAUCAAGAAGAAACUCACAGGUAUCAAGCACGAAGUACAAGCGAACAACAAGGCUGACAUUAAGGACCGCUGUGCCCUUGCUGAAAAACUUGGUGGCAGCACUGUCAUCUCUCUAGAAGGCAAGCCCCUGUGAAGACCUGCAUCUGUGCCACUUCUUAAAGAGGCUUCCAUGUUAUCAACCCCACCCCAACAGUGUCUCAUGUUACCCUCAAACCCUACAUGCCUCUUGAUUAGGAAGUCGUUCAACAGGCCGGCUUCUCCUUUAAGCCCUUCCACAACAGCCAUAAAUGUCCUCGUAAUUAUACUUUUGUCUUUCCAACAGAGGCAGCUUUCCGUUCUAGUUAUGAAAUGUCCUUCAGCCCCUCCAUUCUUCACUAGCCUCCUAAGUUGAG